AUGGCUCCUAUACACUCCAUGCUCGAGACCCGGCAGUCAAGCGACGAUAACUGCCCAAGCACAAUCACCGGCGGUGGGAUUGCGGGUAUCGUUAUCGGCUCGAUCGCAGGGACCCUCCUGAUCCUGUGGCUGUGGCGAAUACUCCGACUUCCCGGCGUGUGGAAGAAUGAUGCGUCCGAGGUCGUCUACCAGGCCCCGGUUAUUCGCAGCAGCACCAAGACCCGUGGACGGCGACAUCGCCGUCGCCCGUCUGCGACUUAUGUCGAUUAUGCCGAGAAGCCGGCUAGUGUACGCAGUUCACGCCGAUAUAGCGAUCGCGAUGAUUUGCGCCGGCCGGCUAGGGUUUAUAGGACGGAGGGGUGA